UAAAAAUAUAAAAGAAUAUAAAAAAAAACUCAUAGAGAUAUGACCUAUGAAGUAUCGAUUAACUCUUUUAAAUUCUAAUAUAUAAUUUAAACUCAUACCUUUCAAUAAAUGGUUUAUUUUGAUUGGUUGUAUUGAUUAAAAUUGGGCUGGGCAAAUGAUAAAUGAAGUUGGAAACUAUUAUUAGAGUUAGUGAUUUUUUUUUUUUUAAAGUAUCUAUCUAUCUUAAUGUAAAUUUUUAUAAUUUUUAUAGUAAAUUAGUUACAUUAGUAGUAGUGUUUGCCCCAGCAACAACAACAACAACAACAACGGCAACGACAGCAACAACCACAUUUUUUUGUUUCAAAUAAUAAAGGAUAAACUUAUACAUCAUUUGGUUUCUACCAUUAUUCAAAUUCAUCAACGGGACAUAUUUUAAUGUAUUUAUUAGGAUAAAAAAAAACACCCAAACAAACAGUUUAAUUCUCAUUGACAAAUGCCAGAAGAAACUGUAUCACCAAUAGAGUCAGAACCACCCACUAUCCAUGAAAAAGCACAUCAUGGAGUGGACCCCAAUGAUCAUGUUGCAGUUGAAGGGUCCGGUGAAGAAUUCAAGCAAAAAAUGGAUGAUUUUAUUAAAGAAUUAGCAGUAAAAAUGCAUGUUCCAACAGGAGCAGUGAUUGCUAUGGUUAUCGGUGUGAUCCUAUUUGUUUUAUUAAUAUUGUUUUGUAUUUGUAAACGAUGCGUAUUCAAACGUCGAAAAAAGGAUCGUGGAGCGAAAAAAAGCAAAGCAGAUAUUAAAAGUGUACAACUUUUAGGCAAAGGUUUAGCUAAAGAUAAGGGAGAUCUAGAUGAAUUAGAAGCAAAUAUGGAAGACAAUGAAGGUGUACAAGACAAGGAAGAAGUCAAUUUGGGCAAACUACAAUAUUCUAUCGAUUAUGAUUUUACUCAAGGAGAGUUAACAGUUGGUGUAAUACAAGCUACCGACUUGCCUGGAAUGGAUUUAUCUGGAACAUCUGAUCCAUAUGUGAAAGUAUUUCUAUUGCCUGAGAAGAAGAAGAAAUAUGAAACUAAAGUACAUCGAAAAACAUUAAAUCCAGUAUUCAAUGAAACAUUUGUGUUUAAAGUUCCAUAUGCUGAGGUUGGGGGCAAAACUCUAGUGUUCAAUGUUUAUGAUUUCGACAGAUUUUCGAAACAUGAUCAAAUAGGUCAAAUUCAAGUACCACUUGGAUCUGUUGAUUUGGCACGCGUAAUUGAGGAAUGGCGUGAUUUAAGUCCUCCUGAUGAUGAUGAAAAAGAAAAUCGUCUUGGUGAUAUUUGUUUCUCAUUACGUUAUGUUCCAACUGCUGGAAAAUUGACUAUCAAUAUUUUGGAAGCUAAAAAUCUCAAGAAAAUGGAUGUUGGUGGAUUAUCUGAUCCAUAUGUUAAACUUUCUUUAAUGUUGGGAGGGAAAAGAAUUAAAAAGAAGAAGACUACCAUUAAGAAAUGCACAUUAAAUCCUUAUUACAAUGAAUCAUUUGCAUUCGAAGUACCAUUUGAACAAAUCCAAAAAGUAACAUUAAUUGUGAUCGUGGUAGAUUAUGAUAGAAUUGGUACAUCAGAAGCAAUUGGCCGAGUUGUUCUGGGUUGCAAUGAAACAGGAGCAGGUUUACGUCAUUGGUCAGAUAUGUUAGCCAAUCCUCGUCGACCUAUUGCACAAUGGCACACUUUACAACCAAUGCCUGAGAAAGGUUAAAAAAAAUAUGUAACUGCAAAAGAAAACUCAAACGAUACUCUACAAUUUAUUUCACUAUUUUCCUCUAGUGUACCUAUCUACCUACCUACCUAUCUUUCUAACAGGAUUAUAUUCUAGUCACAAAGCAAUAAAACAUUUAGAGAAUGGUAUGUAACAAAUGAAGAAGAAAAAAAACACAACCAAAUACAGUAAAACACUACAAACUAUGAAUUUCUUAUAUAUUUAUCAGUUACUCAUUCCCGGAUUCUAUUCUACUACUUGAUAAAAGUAAUAGAAGAAGACUAGAAUGAUGUUCAUUUAAAGUGUGUAACUUUAACAUGUAACCAAUACAGAAACAAUUGUCUCACUAUAUACAUCAUCUAUGGAUACUUAAAUAAAUAAUCAUUUUUUCAUUUAGUGUUUUCUUAAUUGAGAAUAAUUUCAAUUUAUCAACCACCCACUCACCCCCCUUCUUUGAUUGAAUUUGUGUCCAUGGAUAAAUCACAGCUCAUUUCCAAAAAAUUCUUUACAUAUAAUGAAAGUUUAUCAACUCGUCUUUUAUUUAAUACCGCUCUUAUAUAUAUAUAUAUACACAUACAGACAUAAUUCUUUACCCGAUUCUUUUUUUUUCUCGUGGGGAAUCAUUGUGACAUUCAAUUCUUAUAGAAACUAAUCUGUUAUCUUGUUUUUUUCUGAUUAAACCUCCCACCAUCACCACCACCACCCCUCUGUUCAUUUUAUUUUUCUUUUACACAUCUUAUAUACUAUAAAUAUACUUCAAUCUUGAAUGUAGCCUCUUAAUUCAUUGUACGAGUUUUGAUUUGUCUUAAGAAUGUUGUUUAAGUGAUUAUUUCUUUGUUAAAUGAAUAUUCAAUGUGAGUUUAUGUACGUCAAUAUUCUCUUUGUUUUUUCCUUUAUACGAAGAGUUCAUCAUCAUGUGAAGUUCGAAAUAAAGAUCUCUUGAUUGAUUAAAAGUUUACUGCAUAGUAUUAAAAUAACCUAAUUGUGUCGUUUUUUUAAUAUUGUGCUAGAUAUAUAUAUAUAUGUUAAAAUAUACAAAACAAUUUAUUUAGACUGUA